CCGCCCGCCCGCCCGCCCGCGGCUGCCCGGCCCGGCCAGGCCGGGAGGUAGGAAGCGCCCGCGGGACCCGGGGAUCCUGCUGUGGGCUGUGUCAGGGGAACCUUGCUCUGUGUUCCUCCAGGCCCAGAUGGGGGAACCCCGGACUGGGGCCCCCCUGGACGAUGGCAGCGGCUGGACAGGCAGUGAGGAAGGAAGUGAGGAGGGCACCGGUGGCAGCGAGGGGGCCGGGGGAGAUGGGGGCCCAGAUGCGGAGGGCGUGUGGAGUCCAGACAUCGAGCAGAGCUUCCAGGAGGCCUUGGCCAUAUACCCGCCCUGCGGCCGCCGCAAAAUCAUCCUGUCUGAUGAAGGCAAGAUGUACGGUCGGAAUGAGCUGAUCGCACGUUACAUCAAACUGAGGACCGGGAAGACGCGGACUCGGAAGCAGGUCUCUAGUCACAUCCAGGUCUUGGCCCGAAGGAAAUCGAGAGAAAUCCAGUCCAAGCUCAAGGUAGGGGCCCCGGACCAGGUCUCCAAGGACAAGGCUUUCCAGACAAUGGCCACCAUGUCCUCAGCCCAGCUCAUCUCGGCUCCUUCGCUCCAGGCCAAACUGGCACCCGCCGGUCCUCAGGCCUCUGAGCUCUUCCAGUUCUGGUCGGGGGGCUCGGGCCCCCCUUGGAAUGUUCCAGAUGUGAAACCGUUCUCACAAACACCAUUCUCCUUGUCACUGACCCCCCCAUCUGCUGACCUCCCAGGGUAUGAGCCCCCCCAGACCCUCUCGCCCCCUGCUCUGCCCCCGCCGGCCCCGUCACCCCCAGCCUGGCAGGCUCGGGCCCUGGGCACUGCCCGCUUGCAGUUGGUGGAGUUCUCAGCUUUUGUGGAACCGCGGGACGCUGUUGAUUCUUACCAGAGGCACCUGUUUGUCCACAUCAGCCAGCACUGCCCCAGCCCCGGGGCGCCUCCCCUGGAGAGCGUGGACGUCCGGCAGAUCUACGACAAGUUCCCGGAGAAGAAGGGCGGCCUGCGAGAGCUGUACGACCGGGGUCCACCCCACGCCUUUUUCUUGGUCAAGUUCUGGGCUGAUCUGAACUGGGGCCCCAGUGGCGAGGAGGUGGGGGCCGGAGGCAGCACUGGUGGCUUCUACGGCGUGAGCAGCCAGUAUGAGAGCUUGGAGCACAUGACCCUCACCUGUUCCUCCAAGGUCUGCUCCUUUGGCAAGCAGGUGGUGGAGAAGGUGGAGUGGGGACCAGGGACUCGAACCUGGGUCCUUGUGCAUUGCAACAUGUGUGCUCAACCAGCUGCGCCACCACCUGGCCCCCCGGCUGUAUCCUGGCAUCUGCAGCGCCAGGAAUUGCACCAGCCGCCUCAGACUGAGCGCGCCCAGCUGGAGGACGGCAGGUUCGUUUACCGUCUGCCGCGCUCACCCAUGUGCGAGUACCUGGUGAAUUUCCUGCAUAAGCUGCGCCAGCUGCCCGAGCGCUACAUGAUGAACAGCGUCCUGGAGAACUUCACCAUCCUGCAGGUGGUUACCAACAGGGACACGCAGGAGCUUCUGCUCUGCACCGCCUACGUCUUUGAGGUCUCCACCAGCGAGCGCGGGGCCCAGCACCACAUCUACCGCCUGGUUAGGGACUGAAGGGGAACCCCGGCACUGGCUCCCCACAUACACCCAGAACACCCUCCUCCUAUGAGGGACCUCAGCUCUCCCCUUAUUUCUUCCUCCUCAUUUUGAUGAGGGCUUGGUUGGUGAAGGCGGGGGAAGCAGGAUGCUCCAUUAGCUGGGAACUGAGGGGGCUUAAAAAAAAAAAAAAAAAGGAUGGAUGGAUGGAUCAGAACUCACAGGAGUGUGUCUGGAAGGACAGAUCAUUCCAGAACCUCAGGGACUGGGGUACAGGAAUGAGACAACCCCAAAAUCUAGCACUGGUUUCUCAGUCUCCAACAGAUACCUCCCCACCACCACUCUCCUGGAUUUUUAUUUUAUUUUUUAGGGGCGAGAGCUUUAGUGAUACAUUGGCUUACUCCCUCUCUGAUUUUCAGCCCCUCUGUUUUCCCAGUCUGCCUCUUACCACUCCUCCCCUCUCACCCUGAUCUGGGAUAUUUUUAUGCAGGAGCAGAGCCAGGUGGGCCCUGGAAAUUUCCUUUUAUAUAUAUUAUAUAUAACAAGAGAUAUUUAUAAGUGGGUGUUAGGGUCAUGACUUUUGCUCGGCUGGGCAAGCAGUGAGGGGCUGCCUGAGGCUUCAUCUCAGCCCUUUUCCCAAGUGAGCCCAAGCCCAGGCUUGCCUCCCUCCCCCCUGCCCCAAAUGUGUUGGUUUGUGUCUUGACAGAGGAUAAAGCUAUUUUAC